UAAGAGCCGCGUCUCAUGUGCAGGAGUCGUGACGGAGCCGUCUUCAUGGUGCUUCAGUUUCAUGACUUCAUUCUUUAGGAUGAAGAAUGUAAAGAUAUCACAUCAUUUGCCACAGCUUUUUGUGUUCGUACAUGCCUGCUUUGCCCAAGCCGACUUUGCCCCCUACUUCUAUGACAACGGGCCGUACAGCCACAAUGGGAACCUGGCCCUGUUCAGCCUGUCAGAGGACACGCCUGUUGGCACACAGAUCUACCGUCUCAACGGCACAGACCCUGAAGGUCAGGAGGUGAGGUACGGCCUGUCUUUUAAUACUGGCUUCAAAGACUAUUUCAGGGUUGACCCCAGAUCUGGAAACAUCACCCUGGUGGAAAAACUGGACAGAGAGAAACAAGAUUCUAUUGAUGUUCUUGUCAGUAUUACAGACGGACAAAGCAAGGUUGUGGAAAGAGUCACAAUAUUUGUGAUGGACGCAAACGACGAAAAACCGGAAUUCCAGAACAUGCCUGCAAUCAUCGAUGUACUCGAAACGAUGGAGUCUGGCAGCAGCAUCUACAGAGUGGAGGCAGUGGACAGAGACACAGGCUCGGGCGGUUCAGUCACCUUUUACCUUCAGAAUCCUCAGACCACUCUGUUUGCCAUUGACAGACACAGCGGCGUCCUUCGCAUCAAAUCUGGCGAAACGUUGGACUACGAGAAAACAAAGACACACUUUGUUACUGUCAUAGCAAAGGACGGUGGUGGUAAUUUCAACGGCAAGGAUCAGUUUCUGUCGUCGUCAGCGACUCUGACGAUCAAUGUGAUUGAUGCACAAGACACUCCGCCCUCUUUUAUCGGAACGCCCUAUUUUGGCUACGUUUAUGAGGUUUCGGUGCCAGGAUCUGAAAUAUUCACCGUCGUCGCCAAAGAUUGUGAUGUGGGAAAACCAAAUCCGAUUCAAUAUUCCAUUGAUGACGGUGACGCUGGUGUUUUUAGCAUCAAUAAAACAACUGGCUGUAUCACUUUGCUGACUCUUCCCUCUCACCUGAAGAAGGAGAUCUUCAACAUUAAAGUCAGGGCUACAGAAGUAAGUCCUCAAGGCAGACUGAUGGACUACGGCGUAACCACAGUGGUGGUCCGUGUGGUGGACCUCAACAAUAACCCACCGACCUUCUACGGAGAGAGCGGCCCACAGAACAUGUUUGAGUUGACCAUGUAUGAACAUCCACCAGAGGGGGAGAUACUCCGGGGCCUGAAAAUCACCGUCAAUGACUCCGAUCAGGGUGCGAAUGCUAAAUUCAACCUGAGACUGAUCGGACCGGGAAGGAUGCUGCGAGUCGUUCCUCAGACUGUUCUUAAUGAGGCCCAGGUCACAAUCUUGGUGGAGGACUCUGUUGCCAUGGACUACGAGAAACACCAUUUUCUCUCAUACAAGCUGUUAGCGGUUGAAGUUGAUACUCUGGAGCGAUUCAGUGCCACAGCGGACAUUAUCAUCCAUCUCCUGGACACCAAUGACAACGCUCCCAAAUUCUCCUCGGACUACUACAUUGCAAGAAUCCCGGAAAACUCACCCGGUGGCUCCAAUGUGGUGUCAGUCACGGCAACAGACCCAGACUCUGGGCCUUGGGGUGAAGUGAGGUACUCUAUCUAUGGAUCAGGAGCUGACCUGUUUCUGAUCCAGGCCCAGUCUGGGAUCAUCUACACUCAGCCGUGGGCGAGCCUGGACGCAGAGGUCAAAUCCAAGUACAACUUCUAUGUGAAGGCAGAAGACAUGGAAGGGAAGUACAGCCUGGCCGAGGUCUUUGUUACGGUGCUGGACCUGAACGAUCAUCCACCUGCCUUUUACGACAACUUCCUCGAAAAGACAAUGGUGAUUGGCGCACCAGUGAAAAUAGAGGCUGUGGACGACGACGCAGAGGUACCCAACAAUGUCAUCGAGUACGCCAUCAUGAAAGCCGAGCCAGACAACAACAUCUUUGACAUCAACGCUGACACGGGCGAGAUCGUGCUCAAGUCCUACAUCAAGUCCAUGGCCAUCAUCAAGAACAUCACCAAGCAGAGCGACUUCACCUGGUCUCUGGUGGUGCAGGCCAGAGACCGAGGCCAGCCGUCCUUCAGCACCACGGCGGUCGUCAAGAUCGACAUCACUGAGGCUACCCAACUCAAAGGGGGGCUUCUGGGAUCAUUUAUUAUGCAGAGUAGAAACAAUCCUUUGCAAAUCCUAGGCCUGCUUGCUGGUGUCAUUUGUCUCAUGGUCAUAAUCACUGUCAUCAUCUCCACCGCAACAUUCAUGCGCAACAAAAAGUCCAACCGCAUCCUGCCUAACCGCCGCGUGAGGAGGAGGCCGCGCAAGCCACCCACCUGGAACCUCAGAAACCUUUUCAAAUCAGGGGAAACGCCUGGAGAGAGUUUCAGAGUUGAGGAGCAAGAGAGGGAGACGUUUGUGGAGAACGUCAAUUACAACAAUAAUGUCAACAAUGUUGUGAGACACAACAGGCCUCCACCACCCUGCGCCCCGUCUCUGCCGCCUCCACCACCACCCUACGUCCCCGGAGAGAGGCUGUGGGCCGUGCCCACCAUCUCAGCAUCGGUGGAACUCAAACCUAAAAGGAAGCCAGUGAUAAACAGACAAGACAAUGUGAACAAAGCACUGGUGUCAGAGCUCAAGAUGAGGCUAGAGCAGAAGAGGAUGCUGAAACACCAAUAGUGCUUGAUGGAACAAUCUCGUCCUCCAGGUCAACUGAAGUUUCCAAAGUCAAGAAUGAACAUUUAUGUAAAUAAUUCCUUGUAUAUCAGUGAUGAAAUUGACAUACUUUACGAUGGAAAGCAAAACAAGUUUUCCUCUUUGAAUGGUUCACUUCAAGUCCCACAUCUGAACUAUUUGUUGACACACUAGUGGCUUAACUUCCUUCAACCCAGAUCCGAACAAAGUCGCACAGACUUCGACGGGCGGGAAUGUUUAUUUGGCAUCCAACCAAGCUCCUUACAGGGGAUUUCAUGACACUUGAAGUGACUAAUGAGCUCAGCCCGAGAAACAGGAACCAAAGCGAUCGCGUAAGGAAGACCUUUAAUCCCACUGCGCAGGUGUAAGUGCACUGUUUACAGCCCUGUGGUGAAGCAGUCGUGACAAAGUUGUGAGCUCUGAUUAUCACUUGUUUACUGCUGUAGGUUUGGUGGUGGUGUUUGUUUUCAAACGGUGUCUCUCUCUUUUCUUUGCUGUCAAACUGAUUUUACAACCAAUAAAAGAACAUAAUUGAUGAUUUCAAGAUUA